AUGCCUUUUGGUUAUAAAGGAUGUGGGGGAAAUGGGAAUAAAUUUAUAUCUGAAGAUCAAUGUUUCACCACAUGUCCUCGUCCGGCGGACCUGACCUAUUUUAGUCUUGAAUGUGAACUAGGAAAAGAAAAUGGAGAACUAUUUCUAUGCAAACAUAUAUCUGGCAAAUGGCCUCAUGAAGUAUGGAUGUGCCCUACAGGCUAUGAAUGUAUUGGCGGAUGGCCUUCCCGUAAAUGUUGUAAUACUAAAAACCGACGUAGCUUAUAA